UCUGGUCAACUGCUCUGCAAACAACCAUCAAUCUGAAUCCCCAAAGCCUAAGAAAGUCUGUUCUCCAGUACCUGUUGCUGUUCUUCUGCCUCAGCCAGCAAGAAGCACCAUGAAAUUGGAAUUCACCGAAAAAAACUACAACAGCUUUGUGCUGCAGAACCUGAACAAACAGAGGAAACGCAAAGAGUACUGGGACAUGGCCCUGACUGUGGACCACCAUGUCUUCUUUGCACACCGCAACGUGCUGGCUGCUGUCUCUCCACUGGUGAAGAACCUCAUCUCCAGCAAUGACAUGAAGACCACUGAUGAACUCUUUAUCACCAUUGACCCCAACUACCUGAGUCCCAUCACGGUGGACCAGCUCCUGGACUACUUCUACAGCGGCAGGGUGGUGAUCUCAGAGCAGAACGUGGAGGAGCUGCUUCGUGGAGCCCAGUAUUUCAACACACCACGCCUUCGAAUUCACUGCAAUGACUUCCUUAUUAAGUCCAUCCGCCGUGCCAACUGCUUGCGCUACCUCUUCUUGGCUGAGCUGUUUGAGCUCAAAGAGGUAUCAGACUUGGCCUACUCUGGCAUUCGUGACAACUUCCAUUACUGGGCCAGUCCUGAGGGCUCCAUGCACUUCAUGCGCUGCCCGCCUGUCAUCUUUGGCCGCCUGCUCCGAGAUGAAAACCUUCAUGUGCUCAAUGAGGACCAGGCUCUCAGCGCACUCAUCAAUUGGGUGUACUUCCGGAAGGACGAGCGGGAGAAGUAUUUCAAGAAGUUCUUCAAUUACAUCAAUCUUAAUGCUGUCUCCAACAAAACACUGAUGUUUGCCAGCAACAAGCUGACGGGCAUAGAGAACAGCUCAGUCCAUGCCACCCUGAUUGAGAGUGUCCUGAUGGACCGCAAGCAGGAGCGGCCCUGCAGCCUGCUGAGCUACCAGCGCAAAGGGGCCCUACUUGAUUCGGUGAUCAUCCUUGGUGGCCAAAAGGCCCAUGGCAAGUUCAACGAUGGAGUGUUUGCUUAUGUCAUCCAGGAAAAUCUGUGGUUGAAGCUCUCAGAGAUGCCCUAUCGGGCAGCAGCACUUAGUGCCACCUCUGCUGGUCGCUACAUCUACAUCUCUGGUGGCACCACUGAGCAGAUUUCAGGGCUAAAGACAGCCUGGCGGUAUGACAUGGAUGACAACUCCUGGACCAAGCUGCCUGACCUGCCCAUUGGGCUUGUCUUCCAUACCAUGGUGACCUGUGGGGGGACAGUGUACUCAGUGGGUGGGAGCAUUGCCCCAAGGCGGUACGUCUCCAACAUCUAUCGCUAUGAUGAGCGCAAGGAGACCUGGUCCCUGGCAGGGAAGAUGAGCAUCCCUAUGGAUGGCACAGCCGUGAUUACUAAGGGCGACCGGAACCUGUACAUUGUCACUGGGCGAUGUUUGGUGAAGGGCUACAUCUCCCGGGUCGGGGUAGUGGACUGCUUUGACACCAACACUGGGGAAGUGGUCCAGUGCAUCACAUUCCCCAUUGAGUUCAACCACCGGCCCCUGCUCUCCUUGCAUCAGGACAUCCUCUGUGUGCACAGCCACCGGCAGAGCAUGGAAAUCAACCUGCAGAAGGUAAAGGCCAACAAGACAACGAACUCAGUGCCUCUCUUGCCCAACAACUGCCCCUUGGAUGUGUCCCAUGCUAUAUGCUCCGUUGGAGAUAGCAAGGUGUUUGUAUGUGGAGGUGUCACCACAGCCAAUGAUGUCCAGACAAAGGACUACACCAUCAAUCCGAACGCCUACUUGCUAGACCAAAAGACAGGCGAGUGGAAGACCCUGGCACCCCCACCAGAGGCACUGGACUGUCCUGCUUGCUGUCUAGCCAAGCUACCUUGCAAGAUUCUUCAAAGGAUUUAAACAACUUUUUAAGUGGGAGAAUAAGUAAAUGCAUUAUUAUUCACAAUUUAAUGAGAGAGAGAAAGAGAG